AUGUUCUCCGUUGCGCUCCUCGCUUUCCUCCCGGCUAUCCUCGCCAAGCCCUACCCCCGUCAGGCGACGACGGCGGCAGACGGCACCGUCUACAUCCACCCCAACGGCAACACCAACUUCUGCCUCGGCACCUACGGCGCGUACGACAGCGCGCCGGUCGACAUCUUCGACUGCUCGACCAAGACGGCGGCUACGCCCUCGUGGGCCCUCGACAGCAGCCGUCGUACCUUCCAGCUCAACGGCACCAACUUCUGUCUCGAUGCAGGCACCAACAUUGGUGACGGUGUUUCCAUGAAGCUCUGGCAGUGCUACGACAACCUGCCCCAGCAGCAGUGGUCGUACAACUCUGGCGACCAGCACUUCUCGGUCUCCACCGGCGCCGAGUGCCUCGACCUCCGUGACGGCGCCCUCUACAACGGCGGCGCCACGCAGACGUGGGAGUGCAGCAGCCCGAACCCGAACCAGAAGUGGACGCUCACUACUGCUGGGUCCGGCACGGGCACCAGCAGCAGCGCGUCUUCGUCUGCGUCGGGCUCGUCUUCCGCCUCCGGCUCGUCUUCUGGCACGGCUUCGUCCGCUGCGCCGUCGCAGACCCCGACCCAGCAGGGCCAGGUCCUCCACCCGAACGGCAACAGCGCUAAGUGCCUCGAUGUCCAGGGCAAUGUUCAGGCCAACGGUACCCCGGUUGACAUCUACGACUGCAACGGCACAAGCGCUCAGCAGUGGGUUCUCAACCGCGGCACCACCGCCGUCCGCCUCGCCAACACGAACUUCUGCCUUGACGCUGGCACCAACAUUGGCAACGGUGUUGGCAUGAAGCUCUGGCAGUGCUACUCCGGUCUCGCCCAGCAGACCUGGUACUACACCAACGACAACCGCAUCGCCGUCCAGGGCUACGGGCAGUGCCUUGACCUUACCGGCGGCAGGCUCGAUAACGGCAACAUUGUCCAGAGCUGGACGUGCACCGACGGCAACACGAACCAGAUCUGGAACUAAGCGCUAGACGUUUUGUAGAGUCAUAGAUUUCUAGUGCGGUGUCAUGGACCGGAAUAUGUCUCUUGAUCGGUUUCGUAGCGCAUGGACAUUAGUUUCGUACCUGUUACUUUUGUA